ACAACAGUGACAAGUGUGACAACAGCGACAACAGUGACAACGGUGACAAGUGAGACAACAGUGACAACGGUGACAAGGGUGACAACAGCGACAACAGUGACAACGGUGACAACAGAAACAACUGCGACAACACUGACAACGGUGACAAGGGUGACAACACUGACAACGGUAACAAGGAUGACAACAGUGACAACAGUGACAACGGUGACAACAGUGACAACAGCAACAACAGUGACAACGAUGUUAAGGGUGACAACAGUGAGAACAGCGACAAAAGCGACAACAGUGAUAACGGUGAGAACCGUGACGACAGCGACAACAGUAAAAACGGUGACAAGAGUGACAAGAGUGACAACAGCGACAACAGCGACAAGCAUGACAACAGCAACAACAGUGACAAGGGUGGCAAAAGUGACAACAGCGACAACACUGACAACAACAGCAACAACAGUGAUAAUAGUGACAACAGUGACAAAAGUGACAACGGUGACUAGGGUGACAAAAGCGACAACAGUAACAGCGGUGACAAGAGUGAAAACAGCGACAAUGGUGACCAGGGUGACAACAGUGACAACAGCGACAACACUGACAACACUAAACACAGCAACAAAAGUGACAAUGGUGACAACUGUGACAAGAGUGAUUACGGUUACAAGGGUGACAACCGCGACAACACUGACAACAUCGACAACAGCGACAACGGUGACAGGUGUGACAAAAGUGACAACAGGGACAAGAGUGACAAGGGUGACAACAGCGACAACAGUGACAACAGGGACAACAGUAAAAACAGUGACAACGGUGACAAGGGUGACAACAGUGACAACAGCGACAACGGUGAAAGGUGUGACAACAGUGAUAACAGCGACAACACUGACAACAUUUGACAAGGGUGACAAUAGUGAAAACGGUGACAAGGGUGAAAACAGUGACAACAGGGACAACGGUGACAAGUGUGACAACAGCGACAACAGUGAUAACGAUGACAAGGGUGACAAGGGUGACAACACCGACAACAGCGACAACAGUGACAACUGCUAAGGGUGACAACAGUGAAAACAGCGACAAAAGCGACAACAGUGAGAACAGUGAACACAGCGACAACAGUGACAACGGUAAGAAGAGUGACAAGAGUGACAACAGUUACUACAGCAAGAACAGCAACAAGCAUGAAAACAGCCACAACAGUAACAACAGUGUCAAGUGUGACAACAGUGACAACAGUGACAACAGCGACAACAGUGAGAACAGCGACAACAGUGAGAACAGCGACAACAGUGACAAGUGUGACAACCGCGGCAAUAGCAACAACAGUGAUACUGUUGACAAGCCUGACAACUGUGACAACAGUGACAACAGCAACAACAGCGACAACGGUUACAACUGUGACAACAGUGACAACAGCCACAACUGUGACAGCGGUGACAAGCGUGACAAAAGUGACAACAGCCACAACAGGGACAAGGGUGACAACAGCAACAACAGUAACAACGUUGAAAAAGGUGACAACAGCGACAACAGUGACAACGGUGACAACAGUGACAACAGUCACAAUGGUGACAAGGGUGACAACAGUGACAACAGUGACAACAGCCACAAAAGUGAAACCGGCGACAAUGGUGACAAUAGCGACAACAGUGACAACAGUGACAACAUGGACAACACAGACAACGGUGACAAGUGUGACAACAGUGACAACGGUGACAAGGGUGACAAAAGUCACAACAGCGACAAAAGUGACAAGUGUGACAACAGCGACAACAGUGACAACGGUGACAAGGGUGACAACAGUGACAACAGCGACAGCAGUGAAAACGGUAACAAGUAAGACAACAGUGACAAGGGUGACAACAGUGACAACAGCGACAACAGUGACAACGGUGACAAGGGUGACAACAGUGACAACAGUGACAACAGCGACAACAGUGACAACGGUGACAAGGGUGACAACAGUGACAGCGGAGACAAGGGUGACAACAGUGACAAGGGUGACAACAGUGACAACGGUGACAAGGGUGACAACAGUGACAACGGUGACAAGGGUGACAACAGUGACAAGAGUGACAACAGUGACAAGGGUGACAACAGCGACAACAGUGACAACUGGUGACAAGGGUGACAACAGUGACAACGGUGACAAGGGUGACAACAGUGACAACGGUGAUAGCAGUGACAACAGUGACAACAGCAACAACAGUGACAACGGUGAUAAGAGUGACAACAGUGAGAACAGCGACAAAACUGACAACAGUGACAACGGUGAUAAGAGUGACAAGAGUGACAACAGUGACAAUGGUGACAAGGGUGACAACAGUGACAACGGUGACAAGUGUGACAACAGCAAAAACAGUGACAAGGGUGACAACAGCGACAACAGCAACAACGAUGACAAGUGUGACAAAGAUGACAACAGCGACAACAGUGACAACGGUGACAAGCGUGAAAACAGCGACAACAGUGACAGCAGUGACAACAGUGACAUCAGUGACUGCAGCGACAACAGUGACAAAAGCGACAACAGCAAAAACGGUGACAAUGGUAACAAUGGUGACAACGGUGACAACAGUGAAUAGGGUGACAAGGGUGACAACAGUGAUAAAAGCGACAAUAGUGACAACGGUGACAAGGGUGACAACAGCGACAACAGUGACAACAGUGACAAGUGUGACAACAGUUACAACAGCGACAACAGUGACAACGGUGACAAGGGUGACAACAGUGACAGCGGUGACAAGGGUGACAACAGUGACAACGGUGACAAGGGUGAAAACAGUGACAACGGUGACAAGGGUGACAACAGUGACAACGGUGACAACGGUGACAAGAGUGACAACAGCGACAACAGUGACAAUAGUGACAACAGUGACAACGGUGACAAGGGUGACAACAGUGACAACAGCGACAACAGUGACAACGGUGACAAGCGUGAAAACAGCGACAACAGUGACAGCAGUGACAACAGUGACAGCAGUGACAGCAGCGACAACAGUGACAAUAGUGACAACAGCAAAAACGGUGACAACGGUGACAACAGUGAAUAGGGUGACAAGGGUGACAACAGUGAAUAGGGUGACAAGGGUGACAACAACAGUGAUAAAACAACAGUGACAAUAGUGACAACAGGACAACAGACAAACGGUGACAAGGGUGACAACAGUGAUAAAAGUGACAAUAGUGACAACGGUGACAAGGGUGACAACAGCGACAACAGUGACAACAGUGACAAGUGUGACAACAGUGACAAUGGUGACAAGGGUGACAACAGUGACGACGGUGACAAGGGUGACAACGGUGACAGCAGUGACAACAGUGACAACAGCAACAACAGUGAUAACGGUGUUAAGAGUGACAACAGUGAGGACAGCGACAAAACUGACAACAAUGACAACAGUGACAACGGUGAUAAGAGUGACAAGAGUGACAACAGCGACAACAGCGACAACGGUGACAAGUGUGACAACAGCAAAAACAGUGACAAGGGUGACAACAGCGACAACAGUGACAACAGCGAGAACAGCAACAACGAUGACAAGUGACAAAGGUGACAACAGCGACAACAGUGACAACGGUGACAAGCGUGACAACAGCGACAACAGUGACAGCAGUGACAACAGUGACAACAGUGACAAUAGCGACAACAGCAAAAACGGUGACAAUGGUGACAACGGUGACAACAGUGACAAAAGUGACAACGGUGACUAGGGUGACAACAGCGACAACAGUAACAGCGGUGACAAGAGUGAAAACAGCGACAAGAGCGACAAUAGUGACAAGGGUGAUAAUAGUGAUAAAAGCGACAAUAGUGACAACAGUGACAACUGCUAAGGGUGACAACAGUGAAAACAGCGACAAAAGCGACAACAGUGAGAACAGUGAACACAGCGACAACAGUGACAACGGUAAGAAGAGUGACAAGAGUGACAACAGUUACUACAGCAAGAACAGCGACAAGCAUGAGAACAGCGACAACAGUAACAACAGUGUCAAGUGUGACAACUUUGACAACAGUGACAACAGCGACAACAGUGAGAACAGCGACAACCGUGACAAGUGUGACAACCGCGGUAACAGCAACAACAGUGACACUGUUGACAAGCCUGACAACAGUGACAACAGCAACAACAGCGACAAUGGUUACAACUGUGACAACAGUGACAACAGCCACAACUGUGACAGCAGUGACAAGCGUGACAAAAGCGACAACAGCCACCACAGGGACAAGGGUGACAACAGCGACAACAGUAACAACGUUGAAAAAGGUGACAACAGCGACAACAGCGACAACAGUGACAACGGUGACAACAGUGACAACAGUCACAAUGGUGACAAGGGUGACAACAGUGACAACAGUGACAACAGCCACAAAAGUGAAACCGGCGACAAUGGUGACAAUAGCGACAACAGUGACAACAUGGACAACACAGACAACGGUGACAAGUGUGAUAACAGUCACAACGGUGACAAGGGUGACAACAGUCACAACAGCGACAACAGUGACAAGUGUGACAACAGCGACAACAGUGAAAACGGUGACAAGGGUGACAACAGUGACAACAGCGACAGCAGUGAAAACAGUAACAAGUAAGACAACAGUGACAAGGGUGACAACAGUGACAAAAGCGACAACAGUGACAACGAUGACAAGGGUGACAACAGUGACAACAGUGACAACAGCGACAAGGGUGACAACAGUGACAGCGGAGACAAGGGUGACAACAGUGACAACGGUGACAAGGGUGACAACAGUGACAAGAGUGACAACAGUGACAAGGGUGACAACAGUGACAACAGUGACAAUGGUGACAAGGGUGACAACGGUGACAACAGUGACAACGGUGACAGCAGUGACAACAGUGACAACAGCAACAACAGUGACAACGGUGUUAAGAGUGACAACAGUGAGGACAGCGACAAAACUGACAACCGUGACAACGGUGAUAAGAGUGACAAGAGUGACAACAGCGACAAGCGUGACAACAGCGACAACGGUGACAAGUGUGACAACAGCAAAAACAGUGACAAGGGUGACAACAGCGACAACAGCAACAACGAUGACAAGUGUGACAAAGAUGACAACAGCGACAACAGUGACAAGCGUGAAAACAGCAACAACAGUGACAGCAGUGACAACAGUGACAGCAGUGACAGCAGCGACAACAGUGAGAAUAGCGACAACAGCAAAAACGGUGACAAUGGUGACAACGGUGACAACAGUGAAUAGGGUGAAAAGGGUGACAACAGUGAUAAAAGCGACAAUAGUGACAACGGUGACAAGGGUGACAACAGCGACAACAGUGACAAGUGUGACAACAGUGACAACAGCGACAACAGUGACAAGGGUGACAACAGUGACAACGGUGACAAGGGUGACAACAGUGACAACGGUGACAACAGUGACAACAGUGACAAGAGUGACAACAGUGACAACAGCGACAACAGUGACAAUGGUGACAAGGGUGACAACAGUGACAACAGUGACAACGGUGACAAGGGUGACAGCAGUGACAACGGUGACAGCAGUGACAACAGUGACAACAGCGACAACAGUGACAAUGGUGACAAGGGUGACAACAGUGAGAACGGUGACAAGGGUGACAACAGUGACAACGGUGACAGCAGUGACAACAGUGACAACAGCAACAACAGUGACAACGGUUUUAAGAGUGACAACAGUGAGGACAGCGACAAAACUGACAACAGUGAGAACAAUGACAACAGUGAUAAGAGUGACAAGAGUGACAACAGCGACAACAGCGACAACAACGACAAGCGUGACAACAGCGACAACGGUGACAAGUGUGACAACAGAAAAAACAGUGACAAGGGUGACAACAGCAACAACAGUGACAACAGCGACAACAGCAACAACGAUGACAAGUGUGACAAAGGUGACAACAGUGACAACGGUGACAAGCGUGACAACAGCGACAACAGUGACAGCAGUGACAACAGAAACAGCAGUGACAGCAGCGACAACAGUGAGAAUAGCGACAACAGCAAAAACGGUGACAACGGUGACAACAGUGAAUAGGGUGACAACAGUGAUAAAAGCGACAAUAGUGACAACGGUGACAAGGGUGACAACAACGACAACAGUGACAAGUGUGACAACAGUGACAACAGCGACAACAGUGACAAGGGUGACAACAGUGACAGCGGUGACAAGGGUGACAACAGUGACAACGGUGACAAGGGUGACAACAGUGACAAGGGUGACAACAGUGACAACAGUUACUACGGCAAGAACAGCGACAAGCAUCAGAACAGCGACAACAGUAACAACAGUGUCAAGUGUGACAACUUUGACAACAGUGACAACAGUGACAACAGCGACAACAGUGAGAACAGCGACAACCGUGACAAGUGUGACAACCGCGGUAACAGCAACAACAGUGACACUGUUGACAAGCCUGACAACUGUGACAACAGUGACAACAGCAACAACAGCGACAACGGUUACAACUGUGAAAACAGUGACAACAGCCACAACUGUGACAGCGGUGACAAGCGUGACAAAAGUGACAACAGCCACCACAGGGACAAGGGUAACAACAGCGACAACAGUAACAACGUUGAAAAAGGUGACAACAGCGACAACAGUGACAACGGUGACAACAGUGACAAUAGUCACAAUGGUGACAAGGGUGACAACCGUGACAACAGUGACAAAAGCCACAAAAGUGAAACCGGCGACAAUGGUGACAAUAGCGACAACAGUGACAACAUGGACAACACAGACAACGGUGACAAGUGUGAUAACAGUCACAACGGUGACAAGGGUGACAACAGUCACAACAGCGACAACAGUGACAAGUGUGACAACAGCGACAACAGUGACAACGGUGACAAGGGUGACAACAGUGACAACAGCGACAGCAGUGAAAACGGUAACAAGUAAGACAACAGUGACAAGGGUGACAACAGUGACAACAGCGACAACAGUGACAACGGUGACAAGGGUGACAACAGUGACAACAGCGACAACAGUGACAACGGCGACAAGGGUGACAACAGUGACAGCGGAGACAAGGGUGACAACAGUGACAACGGUGACAAGGGUGACAACAGUGACAACAGUGACAACAGCGACAACAGUGACAAUGGUGACAAGGGUGACAACAGUGACAACGGUGACAAGGGUGACGACAGUGACAACGGUGACAGCAGUGACAACAGUGACAACAGCAACAACAGUGACAACGGUGUUAAGAGUGACAACAGUGAGGACAGCGACAAAACUGACAACCGUGACAACGGUGAUAAGAGUGACAAGAGUGACAACAGCGACAAGCGUGACAACAGCGACAACGGUGACAAGUGUGACAACAGCAAAAACAGUGACAAGGGUGACAACAGCGACAACAGCAACAACGAUGACAAGUGUGACAAAGAUGACAACAGCGACAACAGUGACAACGGUGACAAGCGUGAAAACAGCAACAACAGUGACAGCAGUGACAACAGUGAGAAUAGCGACAACAGCAAAAACGGUGACAAUGGUGACAACGGUGACAACAGUGAAUAGGGUGACAAGGGUGACAACAGUGAUAAAAGCGACAAUAGUGACAACGGUGACAAGGGUGACAACAGCGACAACAGUGACAAGUGUGACAACAGUGACAACAGCGACAACAGUGACAAGGGUGACAACAGUGACAGCGGUGACAAGGGUGACAACAGUGACAACGGUGACAAGGGUGACAACAGUGACAAGAGUGACAACAGUGACAACAGUGACAACAGCGACAACAGUGACAAUGGUGACAAGGGUGACAACAGUGACAACGGUGACAAGGGUGACAGCAGUGACAACGGUGACAGCAGUGACAACAGUGACAACAGCGACAACAGUGACAAUGGUGACUAGGGUGACAACGGUGACAAGGGUGACAACAGUGACAACGGUGACAGCAGUGACAACAGUGACAACAGCAACAACAGUGACAACGGUUUUAAGAGUGACAACAGUGAGGACAGCGACAAAACUGACAACAGUGACAACAAUGACAACAGUGACAACGGUGAUAAGAGUGACAAGAGUGACAACAGCGACAACAGUGACAACAACGACAAGCGUGACAACGGUGACAAGUGUGACAACAGCAAAAACAGUGACAAGGGUGACAACAGCGACAACAGUGACAACAGCGACAACAGCAACAACGAUGACAAGUGUGACAAAGGUGACAACAGCGACAACAGUGACAACGGUGACAAGCGUGACAACAGCGACAACAGUGACAGCAGUGACAACAGUGACAGCAGUGACAGCAGCGACAACAGUGACAAUAGCGACAACAGCAAAAACGGUGACAAUGGUGACAACGGUGACAACAGUGAAUAGGGUGACAAGGGUGACAACAGUGAUAAAAGUGACAAUAGUGACAACGGUGACAAGGGUGACAACAGCGACAACAGUGACAAGUGUGACAACAGUGACAACAGCGACAACAGUGACAAGGGUGACAACAGUGACAGCGGUGACAAGGGUGACAACAGUGACAACGGUGACAAGGGUGACAACAGUGACAAGGGUGACAACAGUGACAACAGUGACAACAGCGACAACAGUGACAAUGGUGACAAGGGUGACAACAGUGAGAACGGUGACAAGGGUGACAGCAGUGACAACGGUGACAGCAGUGACAACAGUGACAACAGCGACAACAGUGACAAUGGUGACAAGGGUGACAACAGUGACAAGGGUGACAACAGUGACAACGGUGACUGCAGUGACAACAGUGACAACAGCAACAACAGUGACAACGGUUUUAAGAGUGACAACAGUGAGGACAGCGACAAAACUGACAACGGUGACAACAAUGAGAACAGUGACAACGGUGAUAAGAGUGACAAGAGUGACAACAGCGACAACAGCGACAACAGCGACAAGCGUGACAACAGCGACAACGGUGACAAGUGUGACAACAGCAAAAACAGUGACAAGGGUGAGAACAGCGACAACAGCGACAACAGCAACAACGAUGACAAGUGUGACAAAGGUGACAACAGUGACAACGGUGACAAGCGUGACAACAGCGACAACAGUGACAGCAGUGACAACAGUGACAGCAGUGACAGCAGCAACAACAGUGACAAUAGCGACAACAGCAAAAACGGUGACAAUGGUGUCAACGGUGACAACAGUGAAUAGGGUGACAAGGGUGACAACAGUGAUAAAAGCGACAAUAGUGACAACGGUGACAAGGGUGACAACAGCGACAACAGUGACAACAGUGACAAGUGUGACAACAGUGACAACAGCGACAACACUGACAACGGUGACAAGGGUGACAACAGUGACAAGUGUGACAACAGUGACAACAGUGACAACAGCGACAACAGUGACAAUGGUGACAAGGGUGACAACAGUGACAACGGUGACAAGGGUGACAGCAGUGACAACGGUGACAGCAGUGACAACAGUGACAACAGCGACAACAGUGACAAUGGUGACAAGGGUGACAACAGUGACAACGGUGACAAGGGUGACAACAGUGACAACGGUGACUGCAGUGACAACAGUGACAACAGCAACAACAGUGACAACGGUUUUAAGAGUGACAACAGUGAGGACAGCGACAAAACUGACAACAGUGACAACAAUGACAACAGUGACAACGGUGAUAAGAGUGACAAGAGUGACAACAGCGACAACAGCGACAACAGCGACAAGCGUGACAACAGCGACAACGGUGACAAGUGUGACAACAGCAAAAACAGUGACAAGGGUGAGAACAGCGACAACAGUGACAACAGCGACAACAGCGACAACAGCAACAACGAUGACAAGUGUGACAAAGGUGACAACAGUGACAACGGGGACAAGCGUGACAACAGCGACAACAGUGACAGCAGUGACAACAGUGACAGCAGUGACAGCAGCAACAACAGUGACAAUAGCGACAACAGUAAAAACGGUGACAAUGGUGUCAACGGUGACAACAGUGAAUAGGGUGACAAGGGUGACAACAGUGUUAAAAGCGACAAUAGUGACAACGGUGACAAGGGUGACAACAGCGACAACAGUGACAACAGUGACAACAGUGACAAGUGUGACAACAGUGACAACAGCGACAACACUGACUACGGUGACAAGGGUGACAACAGUGAAAACGGUGACAACAGUGACAACAGCGACAAUGGUACCAAGACAAGACAAGACAACAGCGAGAACAGUGACAAUGGUGACAACAGUGACAACGGUGAGAAGGUCGACAACAGUGAGAACACUGACAACAGCAACAACAGUGACAAUGGUGACAAGGGUGAUAACAGUGACAUCGGUGACAAGAAUGACAACAGCGACAACUGUUACAAGUUUGACAACAGCGACAACUGUGACAAUGGUGACAACAGCGACAACAGUGAUAACAGUGGAAACAGUGACAACAGUGACAACAGCGACAACAUUGACAAUGGUGACAAGUGUGACAACAGCGACAAAAGUGACAACACUGACAACAGCAACCACAGUUGCAACGGUGACAAGGGUGACAACAGUGACAAUGGUGACUAGGGUGACAAUAGCAACAACAAUGACAACAGUGACAACAGCGACAACAGUGAGAACGGUGACAAGGGUGUUAACAGUGACAACAGUGAAAACACUGAUAACAGCAACAACAGUGACAAGGGUGACAACAGCGACAACAGUGCCAAGUUUGACAACAGUAACAACGGUGACAAGGGCAACAACGGUGACAAGGUCGACAACAGUGACAACAGCGACA